AUGCUGCGCCGAGCUGCUCUCCGAGCUGCACUGUACAGCAUCCCGCCCCGCACCGGCUCCACCAGCUGCCGCGUCCUCCGCCACUCCUCGGCUUCCUCCCCGUCUUCAUCUCUCCCGACUUUCCGACGCGCCCUUGCCACUGCAGCUCCCGAUGUCCAGCCCUACGACACCCUCAUCAUCGGUGCAGGCCACGCCGGCUGCGAGGCGGCAGCAGCGAGCGCACGCAGCGGCGCCAGGACCGCCUUGAUCACCCAGUCGCUCGACACGGUCGGCGAGAUGAGCUGCAACCCGAGCUUCGGCGGCAUCGGCAAGGGCACGCUCGUGCGCGAGGUCGACGCGCUCGACGGCCUGUGCGGCAAGAUCUGCGACAAGGCGGGCAUCCAGUUCCACGUCCUCAACAAGAGCAAAGGGCCGGCCGUUCAUGGUUACCGCGCGCAAAUGGACCGCAAGAUCUACAAGCGCGAGAUGCAGGCCGUCCUGAGCAACUACCCGAACCUCGACAUCCGCAAGGCCGCCGUCCAGGACAUUGUCCUCUCGCCGCCCGUCGACGGCGACCUGCUCAACUCGGGCCGAAAGGUCCUCGGCCUGCGCCUCGACACGGGCGAGGUCGUCCCGUGCAAGUCGGUCGUCAUCUGCACCGGCACCUUCCUCGGCGGCGAGCUGCACAUCGGCCAGGACAUCAUUCCGUUCAAGGGUCGCAUCAACGAGCAGUCGGCGCACGCCCUGUCCGACUCGCUGCGCGAGGCCGGCUUCGAGCUCGGCCGCCUCAAGACGGGCACGCCGCCGCGGCUCGCCAAGUCGAGCAUCAACUAUGGCGGCCUCGGCGAGCAGAAGGGCGACCUGCCCGCCAAGCCGUUCUCGUUCCUGACCGACCGCGUCGCCAACGAGGCCAACCAGGUGUCGUGCUUCCAGACGGCGACCAACGAGGCGUCGCACAAGAUCGUGCGCGACAACAUCCACAAGUCGGUUCACGUGCGCGAGACGAUCAAGGGUCCUCGCUACUGCCCGUCGAUCGAGUCCAAGGUGCUGCGCUUCGGCGACAAGCUCGGCCACACCGUCUGGCUCGAGCCCGAGGGCUACGACUCGGACCUCGUCUACCCGAACGGGAUCUCGAUCACGCUCCCGGCCGAGAACCAGCUCGAGCUGCUGCGCACGAUCUCUGGACUCGAGAACGUCGACAUGGUCCAGCCGGGCUAUGGGGUCGAGUACGACCACAUCGACCCUCGCGAGCUCAAGCACACUCUCGAGACGAAGCGCAUCUCGGGCUUGUUCCUCGCCGGGCAGAUCAACGGCACGACCGGGUACGAGGAGGCGGCGGCGCAGGGUGUCCUCGCCGGCAUCAACGCCGGAUGCGCCGCGCAGGGCAACGAGCAGCUCGUCCUCAGCCGUGCAGACGGCUUCAUCGGCGUCCUCGUCGACGACCUCGUCACCAAGGGCGUUAACGAGCCUUACCGCAUGUUCACCUCUCGGUCCGAGUACCGCGUCUCGCUGCGCGCCGACAACGCCGACUUGCGCCUGACGGCCAAAGGGCGGGACGUGGGUGUCGUCGGCUCGGCUCGAUGGGCCGCGUUCGAGUCGACCCGGCGCGAUAUCGAGGACGGGAUCGAGCUCAUGGAGAAGAUGGAGAUGCCGCCAGACUGGUGGGUGCGCAAGGGCUUCGAGGUGAGGAGGGACGGGCAGAAGAGGAGCGCGUUCGACCUCCUGCACUACAAAGACGUCGACAUCGACCGCCUCGUCGCGCACGUUCCAGGGCUCGACGCGCUCUUGCCUCGCACGCUCGAGCGCAUCGGCAUCGCCGGCAAGUACAAGCAGCACAUCUUGCGCCAGACGCACGACAUCGCGCUCUUCCUGCGCGACGAGAACCUCGUCAUCGACUCGAGCGUCGACUACGACGCGAUGCCGGGCAUGAGCCACGAGGUGCGACAGCGGCUCAAGGACGCAAGGCCGACAACCCUUGGCCAGGCCAAGCGCCUCGAGGGCGUCACGCCCGCCUCGCUCGCGUGCCUCAUGAAGUACGUGCGCAAUGGUGCUGCACGGCGCGCCGAGAUCGACGCUGCCGCGCUCGCCUCGUCGUCGGCGGCAACGGCGACCGACAGCACCUCGGCGCGGCUCGCGCUCUAG